GAGGCGCACCUGGCCGGCGGCCCGGCGCGGCUCACCUGGGCGGCGGGGGGGGUGCGCUCUCUGCCGUCCCCAGCUCGGACCUCCCCACCGCCCCAGGCGCUCGCAGCCCCUCUCUAACAGGUGGCUCGGUGCCUUCCCGCUCCCCGGCGGCUCCCACUCCUCUCUCCUUCUCCUCGCCGCCGCCUAACAGGUGGUGGUGCCGGCGAGCCUUCCUCCGCACAGCGGGCAUGGGGAACCAGGUGGAGAAGCUGACCCAUCUCAACUACAAGGAAGUUCCCACGGCCGACCCGACAGGUAUGGACAGAGAUGAAGGGCCCAGGAUCGGGGUCUCCUACAUCUUUUCGAAUGACGAUGAUGAGCUGGAGCAGCAGCAGGAUUCCGUGCAUGACCUGGGGGGUGAGAACCCUGCCCUGCAGCCCUACGAUCCCCAGCUGCACGAGGUGGAGUGCUCAGUCUAUUACCGGGAUGAGUGUAUUUACCAGAAGAGCUUCUCAGAGGAGGACACGCAGCUAGAGGAGGGUGAUGAAGGAGGUGGGGGGCAUCUGAGCACCUACACCCCGGAGAACCUGUUGAAUAGGUGUAAGCCAGGUGACCUGGUGGAGUUUGUGUGCCAAGCCCAGUACCCGCACUGGGUGGUUUAUGUCGGGGAUUUUCAAGUUGUGCACCUGCAUCGGCUGGAGGUGGUGAACAGCUUCCUCACCGACGCCAGCCAGGGCAGACGGGGCCGCAUUGCCAACCAGCUGUACCGCUACAAACCCCUCAGCCCGGCCGCGGUGGUGCGCAAUGCCCUGGAGCAGGUGGGUUGCAAGGAUCGGGACUUGAGCUGGAGAAACUCUGAGUGUUUUGCUGCCUGGUGCCGAUACGGCAAGCGAGAGUUUAAAAUCGGCGGGGAGCUGCGCAUAGGCAAGCAGCCCUACCGAUUGCAGAUCCGGCUGGGUGACAAGCGCAGCCACACGCUGGAGUUUCAGAGCCUGGAGGAUCUGAUCAUGGAGAAGAGGAGAAAUGACCAGAUUGGUAGGGCUGCUGUGAUCCAGGAGCUCUCCAGCCACCUGCAGGCUGCAGAGGAGGACGAAGAGGAGGAGGAAGACCAUCAUCAUCCAGGUUCUCAGACUGCUGUGGAGUAGCAGCCUCAGCACCACCAUUCUGCUUAGCCUGGGUGAUGGGGAUUAAAACUGAAGGCUGCGAAAUUGAGCUGUUAUAAGCCCUUUGGGCUCCUUCGGUGCAGCUUCAUUCCAAUCACAUGUGAAAGGAAGGGGGAAAGCUGAUUAAGUGUCUGUGCUUUAGUGCUUAACUCCUUCAGUGCUUGAUGAUAAAACCCCUGACUUAUUUGUAGAGGAUAAAACUCAGGGCAAUUCUACCCCUCUCCUCUCUCACUUCUUCCCCUUCCUCUCUGCCGUGUUCGCACAUAGCCUUUUCCUCAACCAUCUGCCAAUAGGCCUGACCCUACGAGAUGCUAAAUGCCUUUGACGUCUACUUAUCAUUACAAGUUAAUAGUAUUUAAUACCAUUAGGAAGUAGCCAACAACUUCCAGGACAUGACCAUGUAGCUCUGAGCAUGAGGAUGUUGUUUUCCCUUCUCUGCUACUGUCUCUCUUCAGCUGUGGCUUCUGUUGGUAUUGCAAGGAGCUGCUUCUCGCCUGGUUCGAGGCUUUGUGGGUUUGGUAACCAGUUCCCCAGAAGGUGUAAGGCAGAAAUCUCCACUGAUUUUAAUGAAAUGGGUUUGAUGUGCCUGGUGCCUUCUUAAUUGGUACUUGGUUGCAGGUGAGCUGGGGGACCUUCUCCUUUGCCUUCAGCAUGUAGCUUUGGGAACAGAAGAUGUAUUUAUUGCUGCCAAGUCGCAGGGAAGGAAGUUUGCCACCCCAGUUACACGCUGCACACCGGUGUGUGUUGGGACUCCUACAGGCAGAUGUGAGCUGAGCUGUGGUCAGGGCUCCUUACAGGCUGCCUUGACUUCUAAUGCAAAUGGCAGAGCUCCUGAUUCUGCCUGUGAUACACAGAGGCAGUAGAAGCAGGUUGUUUAUGUGUAAGAGUAUGUCUUGAGUAAGCUGUCCCCAGAGAGGGUGACCUCUUGGCUGGGCACUUCUGGCUGUGAGCGUGCCAGAGGUUCUGCACCACAGUGAACACGGCUGUGAUGUACGGUGAUGGAAGGGAGCACAGGCUGGAAGACAUUACAGGCAGGGGGGUUUGGGUGUUCCAAAGCAGUUUCCUCUUCAUUAGGGAUCUCACGUUUCCUGGUUUUUUUUGCUAAUUUCUCUGGUAUGCAGCUGAGCUAUAGCAUUAGAAGAGAGGACAUGCCUCCAAAGUUGUGCAAGUCCCUCAGGAAGGGGGAGUGCAGUGCUGCUUGCCCUGAAUAUUCCCUGAACUUUUUAGUCAGCUGUUGAACUGACCUCCCACACAGGCAGCACUGUCAGAUCUUUGUCCUAGGAUCUGGGGUGUGUAAACAAGUACUGAAUUUGGGGGCAAUUUCUAAUUCAAAAUUCCUUCCCCUUAAAACCCAAUAUGAUCAUGUGAGCUUGAAGAUAAGCUUCAGUACACUUAAAUAAUGGAGAGUAACAGUGUGAUGUAAACUUGAAGCAAAACUAAUAUGGUCUUCCCUGAAGUUGUUUACAGUUAUACUGCAAAUAGCAAAGUACUCCAUGUCCUUUCCGCCCCUGUGACAGGAGCAAAGUUUGUUGUUUAAGAAUAGGUAGAUUCAAGCUUUUGAUUAGUUUAUAUGAAGCAACUUUGCCAAUUUGAGCCAAGUGGAUUGUGGUGUCAUGUUUUCUGCCCAAAAUAUACAAGCUAGCAUUUGGCCCAUGAAACACACAAAUCCAGGGGAGAGUUUAACACCAAGCUCCCUUAGAAUGCUAUAGCUCGGGUGCCUACACUAAGUGUUGUUUUUUUCACCAAUAUGCAAUUGAGUUAUACUCAGGUUACUGUGGUUGUUGAGUUUGAGCAGAUAUCUACCCAUAUCUAACUGUGAUAGGGUUAAUAUGUGGAUGUCUGCGCACAGGUUUUAUACAACUACUAGUAACUACUAAAAGCUGAAAUGUUCACUGAGACGGUCUGACAAAGAGUGAGGCAGAGUCUCUCUGUUGUACUUCUGAUUUGUAUGAGACAACAGAUUAUCUAGACCAUGAGCAAAUGUCUAGCUGUGGUUUCUUUCAUACUGAAACCUUGUACAUAACAAAGUUUAUUUCACUGUGUAAUAUAGCUAUGUAAAAUAAUAUUUUCCUAGAGAUAUUUUUGGAAGUUUAAAAAAACCCUUCAUAACCUUGCAUUUGAAAGUAAAUUGUUAAUGCGCAUUAUUUUCCAGUCCUCUGAAUGGGUUUAUUUUUCAUUCAUGAUCUAAAGUAUAUUCUAGGUCAUAAAGUAUAGAAACUCCUAUAAAUGUCAAAUACUAUGUAUCUACAGGGUACUAAACAGUAAACUAGUUGUGAAAAUAUUUUUCCCUUGUGUCUGAAACAUCAGAACUAGGACACUUAGCCAUUUCUCUCCUUCUGAGAUAUCCUGAAUAGUCUGGCUUUGUUUUCUAUUCCUUUUUUUCUUUUGUUUUAAUAAAAAAAAAGGACCAAAUCUGCUUGGGAAUGGAGAGCAAAGCUUCUUUGACCAACUGAAAUCUUGUCUUGUGCUGGUCUUGGUGCUUCUCUGUACCGGUCAUGCCUUUUGGGAUAAAUUCCCCCACAGGCACAAGGCCUUAGCAAAGAAUUCCAGAGCUUGCAGUGCUUUGCUAGGACAGAGAGUGAGGGGGGAGCUUGCCUCAGAGCAGAGUUUGGCAUGCAUUCUGCUGUGUUAUGAAACCUCUGUGCUCCUCUGACACCUGGGAUACAGGUGUUUGAUAUUUGGAAUCUUAAAAUUUCCCUGCAAGCUAUGUUUGGGAAUUUAUUGUCCCCUGAUAUUCCAUUAUAUGUAAAAGUAGAAAGUAGGUGGAAAGCUUUGCAUCUUUUUAAUUUUGUCUGAAAGAGGGCUACCUCCAUACAGGGAUUUCUUAUUCCAGCAGAUAAAGAUGCAACUGUUGAAUCUUUAACAGGCAGGUCCUUUUCCUCUACCUGUUGAUUAGGCAGUGUUAUUUAAUAGGUGCUACUAAACACCACUGCACACAUUUCUAAGCAGUCUGGUUUUAAAGCCAUGGACCUGUAAUGACCUGGAUGUGAGAACAGAAAUUGCUCAUUCAUUGAGAAGCACAUCUCAAGUGCUUGAUUUUUUGUCUUUGCUGUAUUUUGUUCAGUUACUGUCUGCAGAGUAAGCUGGAGUUUCUGGAGCUUGAUUUAAAAAAAAAAAAUCUCCCAGAAAAACUGACACAUGUGUAUGUGUCUACUUCAGGACUUUUACAUAGAUCACAAAAGAGAGGGGGAAGGAAUAGAUAAAGUGCUCUUCUCUGCAUCUGCUUUAACGUAGUGAAAUGCAGGUGUGAUCCUUCAGCAGAGCUUGUGCUUCAGCAAAGGUCUUAAGCCCAUAUUGAGUUUAAAGUUUUGAGUAGACCUUACCUACUUGAGGCCACUUGAGAAUCAGUAAGCCUAUUCUUGUGCUUGAAAUUAAGUGUAUAUUUGCAUUUCUUUAUGAAUGAGGGUCUGGAAUUUCAAUGUGAUGUCUCUGGUGGGAGCAUGGAGGAUCUGAGGUUGCAUAAUCAAGAGGGGAGAACAAGUAGUGCAGUGAAAACUGUUUCUCAAAGGGCCUCUUGUCCAAACAGAGCUCGUGGAACCCAGCCCAAACUUUGGCCUCAGUUUCCCCCUGGAAAUCCAGGAGCUGCACUGAUUUGGUGAGAGGUGUGUUGCACAGCAGUUGUAAGCUAAGCUGGUGAUGUGCUGCAGACUUCUCUGGAAUCUUUAUCUUGUCAUGCUUGAACUUUCCCUUGCAUUUUUAACAUUUAAAGUUAAUAUAAUUUGUUUUAAAAGCCCUUUGAUUGUGCAAACACUUAAUCUAUAUGAAUUUACUCAUUUGGGCGUAUCUACUGCUGUGAAUAUCAAUAUGCACAUGUGAAGGCUGGCAAGGCUGAGCCCCAGAUGUAUAAAUGUAGCUCCAGCUAGGAAAUGCAGAUGAGCAGUCUUAUUUCCCUGGAGUAUUGGUGUGUUGGAUGCAAAUAAUGCCUUGGAAAAGGCGUUGUAGUGAAACCUACAAUUAUGCGUUGAUUGAGUAAUUUUAAAAACAUAAUUUAGACAUUCACCUUCCAUGGCAGUGAACAAAGGCAUAAACUGAAGACUAUUUUGUUAUCCCUGAUUCUGUGUGAAUGCAAGGUAUUGAUUACAGCAACUCUAGAACUCCUCUGGCCAAUGUGGUAGGCAGCUGCAGAGUAGGCAGGGAAAAUUCCCAAAAGCUACUUCAAAAACUGUAUUUUCUUACUUGGAAAAAUAUGUUCUUCAGACUGAAGGACCGUAGACUAUGGAAGUAAACUUUAAAUUGUUUUGUAUAAAUGAAACCAUAGGCAAACUCCUUUUGUUCAUUUGAUUUCACUAUUCCACUCAGUACUAUAAUAGGUGAUAUUGUAUGAUUAAUCUGUUUCAGAUUUUGAAUAUAAUGGUGUUUUUCUCUUCUCCUUUGGUUAAGUUUUACCAAAGGUCUGUCCUUGGGUAUGUGAAGUGUGUUAUCGAGUGGUUUCCCACCUGUGCUUUUCUGACAAUUAACAGCACCAACCAUAAAGCUAACAGCCAUGUAGGAACAAAUAUUUUUUGAAAGCAAAAUUUUAAUUUUGUAUAAGAGAUCAGAGACUAGUAACUAAGUAGAGGUAGGAAAUACAUUGUUUCCAACAGCAGUUUCUAUUUGUAAGAAAUCUACUGUUAAUUGAGGAUGCUUGACUACUCUUAAAAAUUGGUGUGCAGUGAUAAGGCCAGGAGUAUUGUAUCAUGGGCUUAGACUUUCAGAUUAGGCUUUUUCUUUAACUGUGAAUAGGAAGAAAUCAGGGUGAUUUUGAACACCAGUGGUUUAGAUGGUUUAAAUUCCUUUGCAUUAAUACUGGAUUAGAAGCUUUCUUUAAAUGCACACUUGAAAUUCCUGACAUUGUAACACUUCAUGAAAUCAUCCACAAUAAGAAGUGUAAUCACAAAUAUGAUUUUUUGUCCACCAUGAGCAUUUUCUGUAAGCUGUCUUUUGUCAGUAAAUAUUGAAUUGUUAGUGCUAAUAUCUUCUUUUCCUGAGAAAGAAGUACACAUCAUUGAUUGUACCAUUUCCUUCAAAAUGAAGGGCAUUGCAUAGUAACUCAAAAGAAAUAAAAGAUUUAUAGUAUCUUUUACAACCUUCUUUUCUUUUCUUUGUUUUUUUGAAUGGCAUGGUUUUCUCCAGCUUUUUGGAAAAAGUUGUAAUUUCUCAUGAUGGAUGCAUUAGACACAAAACAAUCAAUAUUUUCACUGCCUUCACACAUCAGAUCAAAAUCUAACCCUUUGGUUGUGUUCUGGCUACAAAGAGAGAGGAAGAAUAAUCUCUGUACAAGACCAGGCCAUCAGAUGGCUAAUAGGUGUCAGCUGUAUUAAAUCCAAUGAGGAUCUGGCCCAUAAUUUAAUUUUUAAGUGGAAAAUUAAUUCAGCAGCAGAUCAUAUAGUAUUAGCUGGCACUGGGGUUUGUCUUGUCUGCCAGCAACCGCUAAAGGAACAGAUGUAGUGUCUGCUAGAGGGAGAAAUGAGAGAACAGAACUCACAGGGAGUUUUUGGGGAAAUCUGUACAACUGUUCAGUUUGUGUGUUUUGUCUUGUGGCAGCUCCAUGGCUGGUGUGGGAUUAUUGCUCUACCCACACCAGGCUUAGGCCAUUUCUUAAUCAAGGUGCCAAGGGUUGUGUGUUGUGGUGAAGUAUUACACCCAUAGGGUAACCAUUCUUAAUUCAUUAAAGCCUUCCACUGGAUGCAUAUUCACAAUGGCAAAAACAGUGAUACAACCAACAAACUGUACUUGUCCUCAAGAUCCUGACCACAAAGAGCUAUUUGGAUCUCACGCAAAAGGACUGAGUCAGCUCCAGCAAGACUUUGAGUGAAACAAUCCUGAGGAAAUCUUGCUGUAACAAGAUGAGACUUCUGCUGAAAAUAUUGGUUGAGAUUUAGCUUUUCUGUGGGUGGCAGCUGUCUGUGACAGCUGUCUUAUAGGUGUGAGAAAGUGAGACAAAUUUUUAUAUCAGAGACAGCAGCUUUCAAGGCUCAAGGCUGCAGGUGUGAAUAUACCAUAACAUUGAAUUUGUAGCUCUGUUUUGGACUUAGGUGACUUUGAACAAGAUGUGUGAGGCACCCAGCUGUGCUCUAUGUGACUACAAGAGUGCCUGAAUUUUCAGGUGUCUGAUACUAGAUUCAAAACAUGAAGAACCAGAAAUGUGAUUUGGAUGACUGGAUCAAUUUGUGAAAAUCCCUGCUCAGUUAUCACCUAGCACUGGAGGCCACUGUACUCUGAAGUUUCAUAGCUUGACCUGUUUUGUUUGUGCAUGUGUGUUUAUUUAGUCUCCAUAGUGUUUUCUUGAGGUUCUGGGCCUUUUUUCUUACCCUGAAGUUUCUCCAGGUACAUAAAGCAGUCAGUGAGUUCUCACAGCCUGUGCCCAUUGGGAGAGAGAUCCUGCUUGCUGGGUCUCCUUCACUGUGGCUGCUUCCAGAAUGUAUGUGGCAUCAGAUAUCAAAAAAGAAACAUCUUGAAAAGGACAUUUGCAUUGCCCUUUUAUGUCAGAAUGCACCUGAGCUAGAAAUUGGGUAAUAUAAAGUGCAUGUAGAGGGACAUGGAUUGUGAGGAGGUCUCUGCACUCCUGGCUGGUUGCUCUGGGCCACUGUACUUACACAGAGAGAUUUUCUCAUCAGUUCCCUCUUCAAUGCACUGUGGAUCACUUCCAGUACAACACCCAUGAAAGUCCUCACCCCACAAAAAUCUGGAAGUGACGGGAAGUUUUAAUCCCCAUCAUCCCUAGGCAGAAGAGGAAAUCAGUUUUCAGUCUUCAUCUGUUUUGAAAUUCUGCUCAGGUCUCUAGGAUCUUGUAUAAAAUCCUACUGCCCACUACUAACACCUCCAUUGUCACUGUAAAGGAAGAUGCCCAAGUUUCCAUUUGAGAGUGAUUGCUUUGUGCUUUUUUCCAAAGAGCUCUACUUUGUGGCAGGAGGCAGUGCCUGUGGCCAAGGGCAAAGUGCCCAAGGGCUAGAGGGGAAAGGAAGGGGACAGGGAACAGCAGACUUGCAUAAUCACGGCAAAUCCAUAGCAGUGGAAGGGGCCUCUGGAGAUCCUCUAGGUCCUCUACCCAUUUGCUCAAGACACAUGCAGGUUCCUCAGGGCUGAAUCCAGUUCUAUAUUUCAUAACUCCAAUUGUGGAGACUGAGGCCUUCUCAAGGCAGACUUUCACCACUUAUGUGGUGAAGGCUUUUUGUAUUUGAGUUUUGUCAAGGACCCCUUGAUCAUCCAUGACACCUUUACUUGGCUUCUUGCACGCAGAAUGGACCAUUCUCUGUUUUACAAUCCCAUAAGCAGAGACUGCCUGUCCCUCCUUCAGCUGGAGGGUCAGGCUCCCCUUGUAUCCAGGAGAGCAUCCAGUCAGCCUCCUUUUCUUCAUCUGUGUGUCUCCACAGCAAGCUGACCUCCUGCUGCAGCUCCUUCCCUUGGCCACAGAGGUGCUUCAUCAGCACAGACCUGCAGAAAAGGAGCCCCAGGAGCACCUGCAGCCUGAGAUUGCACAGCUGGGUCCUCCCUGUGGCAAGGGCUCCAUCCCUCCAGUUGCUCUCUCACUCCUACUGAGCAAGAGAAGACGGAAAAACUUGUGGGUUGCGAUUAAGACAGGGACAUCAGUGACCCAUGACUGUCACAGGCAAACCAGACAUAUAAUGGGGAAAAUUACAUGUAUUGUCAAUUAAAAUAGGUUUGAAUUGUAAGAAAUAAAAAAAACAAGCCUUUC